AUGCCUCCACUGGUAUAUUCCUCUGACAUUUUCUGUACUCAUCCAUCUUUUUUGCAACCCCGUUGGAAAAAGGGGCUCGAUCACAGAUUUGGGCGGCCGUGGGCCCUGACGCUAACAAUGGACAAAACAACGGGCCAACUGCCACAGCUGAAUCAAGUUCGACGCUUAGCAAGGAUUGUAAUCUUCAAGAGGAUAUUUUCGAUGUAUCCUACCUGUGCGUGA